UCUGCACCAUGGUGACGGACGGCGCCGAGCCUGGGGAGCAAUGGCGGCUUGGUGCAUCUUAUCGCUGGCGGCAGAGAUUGCAUUCCUCUCGUUGGUCCUCCCUGGCGUCUCGCAGGCCCAGACCUUUUCCUUUCCUUUCCGGCAGCCCGAGAUGUGCGGCCACAACGAAUACUUCGAUAUUUCCGCGCUCUCCUGUGUCCCCUGUGGAGCCAACCAGAAGCGGGACGCUCGAGGAACUUCUUGUGUGUGUCUACCAGGAUUUCAGAUGAUAUCUAAUAAUGGAGGACCUAAUAUUAUUUGUAAAAAGUGCCCAGAACCCAUGAAUGGUGUUACUGAAGAUGGAUGGAAUUGCAUUGCAUGCCCUCAUGGUUUAACUGGAGAAGGAAAAUGCCGUUGCCCCACUGGCCAUAUUUUAGUGGAAAGAGAUACUAAUGGAACAUUGUUCUUUCAAGCAACUUGUAAGCUGUGUGCUGAAAAUUCUUUUACAAUAGCAAAUGCUUUACAAAACAGGUGUAUCCGAUGUGAACCAACAUUCAUUAAUGCCAGCAGGUCCUGUGCAUGUCUAAAACCUAACAUUUUAACAGGGGGAUUAUGUUUCAGCAGCACAGUGAAUUUUCCUCCACGUAUGAUUUCAACUGCCCGUUAUGGAGAGCUUGGUAUGUCUUUCACUUCAGAAUGGUUCACAAAGUAUUUGCAGUCAUCAGCAACUGCUUGUUGGGUACAUGCCAAUCUAACAUCUUGCCAAGCUCUUGGAAAUAUGUGUGUGAUGAAUAUGAAUUCUUAUGACCCUAAUACUUUUGAUGCAUGUCAGCUAUUUCACUAUAUCUUUGAAAAUACUGCUGCAUUACAUACUAUCUAUUCUAUUUCAUUUUGGAGACAGACUCUUCCAUGGCUGUCCUAUGGAGACCAACUAGGACUAGCACCUCAAGUACUCAGUACUACACCUCUUCCAACAAAUUUCAGUUUUAAAGGGGAAAACCAGAACACAAAACUGAAGUUUGUCGCUGCUUCCUAUGAUGUGAGAGGACAUUUUCUCAAGUGGCAAAAUUUAGAAGGAGGUGUUUUACAGCUUUGUCCAGACACAGAGACAAGAUUAAAUGCUGCUUAUUCUUUUGGAACAACCUAUCAACAAAAUUGUGAGAUUUCUGUUUCUAAGAUCUUAGCCGACUUUCCCACUCCUAUAUUUUAUGAUGUGUACUUUGAAUACACUAAUGAAAAUCAACAGCAAUAUAUUUGGGCUGUGCCUGUGUUAAACCUAAAGCUUCAACGCAGUAACAUAUUUGUGAACCAAGAUAGUAGCUCUGACAAGUGGCUUUUGACGCGGCGCAUUUUCUUAGUGGAUACACUAAGUGGACGAGAAAAUGACUUGGGAAGUCUGCCAAGAGUAAUUCGAGUUGCGACCCAAAUAUCAUUGAGCAUCCACCUUGUACCAAACACAAAAAGUGGAAACAUCUACCCUCCUUUAAUAACCAUCGCCUACAGUGAUAUUGAUAUUAAGGAUCCUGACAGGCAGUCUGUGAAGGUUUCUUUCUCAGUCAAAUAUGAAAUGAACCAAGGAGAAGCAUUUGUCCAGACAGAUAUUGCUUUGGGUGUGCUGGGGGGACUAGCCGUUUUAUCAUCUCUUUUGAGGACAGCAGGGUGGAAGAGGCGCAUUGGGAGUCCUUUAAUUGAUUUACAGGCAGUUAUGAAAUUUUUAGUAUAUUAUGCUGGCGAUCUGGCCAACGUUUUCUUCAUCAUCACAAUGGGAACAGGACUUUAUUGGCUGAUUUUCUUCAAAGCACAGAAGUCUGUCUCCGUUUUUCUACCAUUGCCAGUUCAGGAAAAACGUUUUGUUACUUAUGUGGGAUGUGCUUUUGCUCUGAAGGCUCUGCAAUUUUUGAAUAAACUCAUAUCCCAAAUUACCAUAGAUAUAUUCUUUAUCGAUUGGGAACGUCCUAAAGGAAAGGUUCUUAAAGCUGUUGAAGGUGAGGGUGGUGUUCGAAGUGCUACUGUUCCUGUAAGCAUAUGGAGAACUUAUUUUGUAGCAAAUGAAUGGAAUGAAAUUCAGACUGUGAGAAAAAUUAAUCCACUCUUUCAAGUACUUACUGUCCUCUUCUUUUUGGAGGUUGUGGGUUUCAAGAACUUAGCAUUAAUGGACUCAUCUGGCAGUCUUUCCAGAAGCCCAGCAAGCUAUCUAGCUCCAUAUAGCCGCAUCCUAAGAUAUGCAGUGUCUGCUGCUCUUUGGUUAGGCAUUGGAAUUAUACAGAUCAUGUUCUUUGCUGUGUUUUAUGAGAGAUUUAUAGAAGAUAAAAUUCGGCAAUUUGUUGAUUUAUGCUGUAUGAGUAAUAUAUCAGUGUUUCUGUUAUCCCACAAAUGCUUUGGGUACUAUAUUCAUGGUAGAUCAGUACAUGGGCAUGCAGAUACUAAUAUGGAAGAAAUGAAUAUGAAUCUUAAAAGAGAAGCGGAAAACUUGUGUAGCCAGAGAGGUUUGGUACCCAACACAGAUGGCCAGACUUUUCAGAUUGCAGUUUCUAGCCAGAUGAGACAACACUAUGACAGAAUUCAUGAAACGCUAACAAGGAAAAAUGGCCCUGCUAGACUGUUGAGUUCAUCAGCAAGUUCCUUUGAGCAGAGUAUAAAAGCGUAUCAUACUAUGAAUAAAUUUCUUGGAUCUUUCAUCGACCAUGUUCAUAAGGAAAUGGACUACUUUAUAAAAGAUAAGUUGCUUCUUGAAAGAAUUCUGGGCAUGGAAUUUAUGGAGCCAGUGGAAAAAAGCAUCUUUUACAAUGAUGAAGGUUAUUCUUUCAGCAGUGUUCUGUAUUAUGGAAAUGAAGCCACUCUUCUUAUUUUUGACCUGCUGUUCUUCUGUGUUGUGGAUUUGGCUUGCCAGAGUUUUAUUUUAGCAGCCUGCCUUACAUACCUCCAACAAGAGAUUUUUAGAUUUAUCCGUAAUACAGUAGGGCAGAAGAAUUUGGCUUCUAAAACACUGGUGGAUCAAAGAUUUCUGAUUUAAUUUGUUGAGUAACUUAAAAGAUGCCGUAUAAUCAUGGCAAAAGAAAAUGUCAUGAUUAGCAGGUUAGUUUGCAUUAUUUUUUCAAAAUUUUUUUUGUUUUUUAAUAUACAAAAGAUUUAUUUUUUUAUGACUUGUGGGUUUAUAACUUUGUGACUUUAAUGUGAUAUAAUGGAAUAUAUUUUCUUAUUAUGUAUGGUAUUUUACUUACCAACUCAUAAUUUAGAAGCAUUAACAAUGAAGCAAAACAAAAGCCUGACUUCAGCUUUCAGCACUUUUUUAUGAUAAUCAGAACAAAUGUCCUUGUAAUUUAUAGAUCAUUUUUACAAAAUUAUUUGAUUCCAAGUUGAAGCCUAGAUUUUAGUUCAGUAUCUUAUUUUAAAUAUUUUAUAGUUUAAAAUGUUGAAAAAUAUUUUCAAAUUUACUUAGAAAUUUUAAAAUGUAUUAUUACCGACUCAUUUUGCCUCCUUUUAAUUGCUUACCCUGUUUCGUAGUGGAUAAUUCACUGUUGGAUUAGUAAGCAUCACAUGAAAUGGUACAAUUUAAUUCCUUUGUGUGUCUAUAUUACUAGGUCAGCCCAUUGAGUGUAUUUACAAAUCUAAUGUCACUUAUACUUUUUAAGCUAUAAUGUGUGACAUUUCCCUCAAUACAGUUUUUUUAAUACAUAUUUUCAGUUAACAUUUUAAGAGCCCUCCCAAAGUUUUGCCCUUUAUAAAGUUUAAAGAUUGUAAAUAACAAAAUAAACUGUAAAAUUACCAUGUUAUAUUGACAAGAUGAUUUUGCCUAAGGAAACUUUCAGGCUUCAUACAUUAGGGUUGAUUUUUUUUUUUUUAAGAAGAAAAAAAUUAGAAUUAAAAAUAUAAUUAAUAAAUAUUGAGCCAUGUGACUCUUUUCCAUGAUGUGAUUUUUUUCUUCAGUAUGUUCUUUAAUGAUCCUUUUCAUUGUAUAUAAGGUGCUUGAAAGACACCUUGCAUUUCAAGUAUAAUUAGUGUCAUUUACCCCAAAACUAACAGUUCUUACUGCCUUCUUUUUAAUGCUGUGUAAAAACUUAUGUGUAAUAUGUGUAAAAUAUGUCUAUAUUUCUGAACUGUAAAUAAAGAAUAAAAUAUUUGGUGUUAUUAUAUAUUUCAUGAAAUAGCAUUUAGGAAUAUAAGCCAAUGCCAAAAUCAAAUCUUGCUUUUCCCUAAAUCUUGAGGAUGACUGAGGGGAAAGAGGGAGGGCUAAUAAGUGUUUGAAACUUCAGUUUCUUACAGGUCACAGUACAGGAAUGCCUUUAUGAAAGCCUAAGACAUAAUUAAAUGUGCCAGCACGGGUUUUUUUUUUAACCACCCACUCAGAAGCAUAUGAAAGAAACUCAACUCUCAUUCCACAUAAAAGUUCAUGUUAGUGUGAAUGUUUUUAAAUGGAAAUUUUUUUUUAAAAAGGGAUAUCUUGACUCAC